AUGGAAGGUGGUGGUGCCGGAGGACAGGGUAGCAACUGUGGUUCCGGAGGUUGCGGAGCUGGACACGGUGGUGGAAAUGGUGCAGGUCAUGGUGGAGGACUAGGCGGAGGACUCGGUGGAGGACUUGGUGGUGGACACGGUGGUGGAAACGGUGGAGGACUGGGCGGAGGAAAUGGUGGAGGACACGGCGGAGGACUCGGCGGAGGAAAUGGUGGAGGACUCGGUGGAGGACAUGGUGGAGGACUCGGCGGAGGUAAUGGUGGAGGACUCGGCGGAGGAAAUGGUGGAGGACUCGGCGGAGGAAAUGGUGGAGGACUCGGUGGAGGACACGGUGGUGGUCUCGGUGGAGGCCACGGUGGAAGCGGCGGUAGCUGUGGCUCCGGUAAUUGCGGUGGUUCCGGUGGUUCUGGUGCCGGAGGAUACGGAGGAUCUGGCGCCGGAGGUGGAGCCGGAGGAUACGGUGGUUCGGGCGCAGGUGGCGGUGCCGGAGGAUACGGUGGUUCGGGCAGUGGUGCUGGAAGUGGCGGCUAUGGAGGAUCUGGUGCUGGAGGAUACGGUGGUUCCGGUGGAGGCGGUGCCGGAGGGCACGGGGGUGGUUGCAGCUCAGGGAACUGUGGUAGCGGCGGUUCAGGUGGUUACGCAGGAACUGGUGGAGUAACCAAGACAGGCGGUUUCGGUGGAGCUGGAGGUGGUGGCGGCGGUAUCGGUGGUGGAGCAGGCGGUUAUGGAGGCGCUGGGGGCGGAGCAGGUGGCCAUGGAGGUGGCAGAGGAGGCGCUGGUGGUUAUGGAAGCGGUGGUGGUGGAGCUGGUGGUUACGGAGGCGCUGGUAGCGGAGCCGGUGGUUACGGAGGCGCUGGUAGCGGAGCCGGUGGUUACGGAGGCGCUGGUAGCGGAGCUGGUGGUUACGGUGGUGGACGAGGCGGAGCAGGAGGUGGUGGUGCCGGUGGUUAUGGAGGCGCUGGAGGUGGUGGAGCUGGUGGUUACGGAGGCGCCGGAGGUGGUGGAGCCGGUGGUUACGGAGGCGCUGGAGGUGGUGGAGCAGGUGGUUACGGAGGCGCCGGAAACGGUGGCUACGGCGGAGGUGGUCUUGGCGGAUACGGUGGAUCGUCGGCGUCAGCGAAUGCCCACGCAAGCGCCAGCGCGAAUGCGGUCGCUGGAGCGAAUGCUGUGGCAAGCGCGAGCGCAAACGCGAACGCCGGUGGUUUGGGAGGACUGGGUGGUUACGGCGGUAACGGUGGCUACGGCGGUCAUGGUAUCGACCUCUUCAAUCGCAUGGGCGACGCCGACGAGGGCGUGAACGAGAGCGGCACCGUGAGCGGCGCCAAGGGCGUCUACAGCAACAGCGGGGCCAGCAUCGAUUCUUCCGGGAAGGGAACCUACAAGGUCUCAGCUGGCAAGAUCGCGUAA